GCAAUUCAUCUGAUCACUCUUCAUAACAUUCUGGAGUGCAUGCAAAUUGCUAUUAUAAAAACUUAAGCAGCAACUUUUCCAAUUUCCAAUAUUUAUGUAAUUCUCACCACGACUCUUGAAGGAAUCACAUCCUGACUCACUAUUGAUCACAUCUGGACGUUCACUCGGAGAGACUCUGCUUCAGUUAUAAAUACACUGGGUGCCCCCAUCAGCUCAUUAAAGGGGGUACCCAUGAAAACCAUUCAUGAGGUUUUCAAGAGAAUUAAAAUAUUUUAGUCAGCUUUCUGUUUUACAUUUCAGUCAUUUCAUAUGAAAUAUGUCUGUUUAAUGUGAGGUAGACAUGGACACUGACUUUGUUGCUCCUUGGCUGUUAUGGUACAGUGCAGCUUUUUGAGUUUAUUAUCUAACACUUAAUGAAAACACUUAUUCAAAAAAUAUUUUUAUUUAUAAUUAUUUUUAUUAUAUUUUGUUGUAUAUAUAUUUUUGCCAAAUACAGUAUGUUUCACACUUUCAGGUCUGGUCUCUGUUGUUGAUUAUGUUCUAUAGAUUUAAAUAGCUUAGACUUUUUAUUUUUUGUAUCACCACCUGGUAAAUCAGUCCAGCUGUAAUCCAAGUGUGAUUUUGGAGGAAAGACGGUGUUUUUGUUUUUCCUUGGAUAAAGCUCGAUGUCAAGCAAACAACUACGGGAUACAACUGAAAUACUUAUUCACAACAUCUUAAUUAUAUACGUAAAAUAAGAGAACCAAAACAUGUCGAACCCCAGAAGCAGGUACUAUUUAAUAUACAAAACCUGAGAAACAGAUGAAAGGCUGCUGAACACGGAUGCACAGCAGGCGAGGAGGAGCUCCGUGGACAGAUUCAUGUUUAUAUAACUGCUCGAUCAUAUAUUCAGUCAGAAGUAGGACUUCACUUUCCAAGGAUCAGGUCUCCAGAGGAAACGCCUCACUCCAGCUGACAGAGGUGAACAUUCAGGAUGAGGGGAGAUACCAGUGCCACACCAGCACCAUCAGAGAAAUGUUCAUCAUCCUGAAUGUGGACGCUCCAGUCCGUAAAGUUAAUCUCCAACAAGUAGGACAAAGGAUCACCUGCAGCUCAGAGGGGAUCUACCCUCAACCUGAGCUCACCUGGUCCACCAGCCCUUCAUCCAGCAUCACCAACAACAACACAACAGCCCAUCAGACUGACCAGCAGAUCUACAGCAUCAGCAGUUCUCUGAUGCUUCCAAACAGUGACAUGGAUCUGAAUUACAUCUGUGCAGUCAGCACUGGCAGAAACAGGAAGAGAGCAACCUUCAGAAAAAGAGAUUAUACAUCCAUCUAGUGGAACAUUUUCAUCAGAUCUUUACAGGAGAUUCCAUCUGAACUCUGUGGAGCCUGAUCUCAAGGGUUUUAAGUCUGACACUGAAACCAGAGGAUCUUUCUGUCUCUUCAGAUUCACUGUGAUCCAGUGAUGGGAGUGAUUUCAGC